UGAGAGCCAGCUGGCUGGGCUGCCAGUGUGUACCCAAGCGAUACCUGCAGCGGAAGAUUCCUUCCUUGGAGGCAGCAGCCUGUCAGCAUGGCUCAAGAGUUUGUGAACAGCAAGAUCCAGCCUGGGAAGGUGGUCGUGUUCAUCAAGCCCACCUGCCCCUACUGCAUAAGGACCCAAGAGCUCCUCAGCCAACUGCCCUUCAAACAAGGGUGCUUGGAGUUUGUAGAUAUCACAGCCACCAGUGACACAAAGAAGAUCCAGGACUACUUGGGACAGCUCACAGGAGCCAAAACGGUACCUCGAGUCUUUUUUGGUAAAGAUUGUAUAGGUGGAUGCAAUGAUCUAAUAAAUAUGCAUGAGAGGGGGGAACUGUUGAUGCGGCUACAGCAACUUGGAGCCCUACAAUAAUUAUAGCAGACUCCAGGUUGAUAUCUCCCUUGAGAGCUGGAGGCAUUGCAAAUGAUGACAGCAGUUCCUGGUGGACAGACCUGGGGCUCCCUUUCCCAACUACAGCAACUGUUUACUAAAAUUCUGAAAUGCAUUACCCAAAAAAGGAAGGAGGAAGUUUUGGACAAAAACAGCUUUUUCUUCUUUUGACUCAGUAUUACAAGUGGACUGACUUGCCCCAAACCACAAAAGGUUGAUGGAAGUGUAAGGUUUCUUCUGGAUUGGCCCUUGGGGUUCCACAGGACCAUAACAAGGAUUCACUCAAUGACCCAGAAGGCUUUCUUUUCCCUUUGGCACAUGUUUCCUACUGUUCUCCGUGUGCUAGAACUCCUCUACCUCUAAACCACUGUCGCUCAACCAGGUUUAUCCCAGGCCCACUAGGAUGACUCUGUAGCUGGUUUUUUUCUGCUACUGCCUGAAAAUAAUUUUGUUGAGUCUGACUUCACAGAGUCUGUAUUAUGAAAUCAGUAUUUUGAACGGGCUUUUUCAAACUACAUGUGUCUCUACAAUCGCCAUCCCUACCCCACUCCAUCCUAUCCUGAGAAUCAGUAGUCUGAGCCAGUGUUCUUGACCUCGGCAACUCACAAAUCUCAUAGGAAAUUUCAACAAUUUCAUGAAGGGUCUUGAGGACCCAAAUUGAGAACCACACGUGAAAAGCUAAGCAUGUUGGUCUUCACUUGGUGCCCCAGGGAUCAGAGGCACAAGUGUAGAUGCUGCAGCCAUGUGGCGACACUGUUAUAUAGGAUGGUCAUCCAGCUAAUCCUGAACAAGUGUAUAUUACUUUGUUUAGAUGAUGAACAAAAGUAAAACAUAGAGUUACAUUAUAAAAGAAACUUGCAAUCCCCUCUCCCAAGAAUAUGUCUGUGAAAGUAGCCAAAUUUGGGAAACACUGCCUAAAUGAUUUUCUCUCCUUAUUUCCCCACUCUAUGAAAACGUAAGAAUCCCUUAUUGUGAAGUUUGUUCUGGAUUAAGUUAAUUUUCUUUUGCAGUGUCUAGUGUGAACGGUUAAUUUCUGUUCUAAUAAAAAUUGCCCAGGCUGAAGCAGAGGUUAGGCAAUGGAGGCCCUGCUGGGAAGCCGCUUGCCCUGCUAAAACUGAGGGAGGUCUGCCUUAAAAGAAAGAAGGGGAGAAUGAACAUCAAAGGGAAGUCAGCAGAUUGUGUUUAGCCUUCUUCAUUUGGGAGAACCAUACCCUCCAGAGCUAUUAGAAAGAAAGAAUAAGAAGUAAACUUUUUGAAACCUCACUUGUCCGAAAGUAUCUUUAUCCUACCCUCAAUUUUGAUUCACAGCUUGUAUGGAUAUCUGCUUGGAAAUCAUUUUCCUCCAGAAGUUUGAGGCGCCAUCAUUGUCUUGUUUGCAGUGCUGCUGUUAAGAAGCCAGAGACCAUUCUGCUUCCUGUCCUUGGGUGACGACCUGUUUGGUUUUCUUGUUUGUUUAAACUCUGGAAGCUUACAAAAUCUUUCCUUUGGACCCUGUGUUCUGAAAUAUCACAGUGAUGUGCCUUGGUGAGGGUCUAUUUUUAUAUAUUCUGGGGGCUCCUUGAAGGGAUGGAGGGCCCAUUGAACCUUUUAUUGGAGUAUUUUAUGGAUACUUUCCUCCCCUCCAUCUUCUCUGUGCUCUCUUUCUAGAACUUCUCAUAAGCAGAUACUGGCUUUCCUGGACCCAUCUUCAAAUUUUUGUUUUAUUUUUCUCUUCUAUUUCAAUCCCUUUCCCUCCCAACCCCACCAAGGAAUUUACUCAUCUUUAUCUUCCUCUUUUUCUAUUGAGUUUUUAAUUGCUGACAUCAUUUUUAAUUUCUCAUAGCUCUUCAGUAUUAUCGGAGGGUUCCUUUUCUAUAGGAAUGUUUCCAUUUCAUGAAUGCGGUAUCUUCUCUCUCUCUGAGGCUAUUGUAAUUUUUCUAAGGUUCUACUGAAUUUUUUCCGACUAAUUUUUUCUUAUUUCCAGGAGUUCUUUCUUGUUCUCAGUUGUUCGUUUUGUUUUGUUUUCUUGUCAUCUUGUUUUAUGGAUACAAUCACUUCUAUUCUCUCUCAAAGGUAACUGUAGUUGGGGCCUUUUGAAAUGCUGCCUUCUUGAUUCCUGCAUUAUCUUUUUGCUGUCUGAGUCCCUAUUUUUGUUUGUUUUAUAUUUGAAGGCUUUCCAAUAUAUUGCUUUGAACUUGAGAUCUGUCUGUACAUAUUUAAGAAUAGGGCACCAAAAACUGGUUGGAAGAUGUGUGUGCGCUUGUGAAGGGGAGGGCUUCACUGCAGGGUCCGUGUUCAGAUGUCACCUUCUCAGCAAGGCCCUCCAUAUACCCCCAUUUAAAAUUCCACCUGGCAUUCUCUAUCCUUCUUUCUUGAUUUAUUUUUAUCUGUAGCAUUUAUCAUUUAAUAUAUUGUACAAAAUA